AUGCAAAUACUGCUCAACAAAAGCAGAAGAAGAAAAUAGUUGCGGGAAAACUGAAGCGGAUAUGCCGUGGAUCACACACUGUAACAAAACAAGGAACAGAAAUCACCAUGAACACUCCAACUGUCACAGAUGUCAAAAAAGGUAUUUCAGUCCUUUGGGAGACUCUUCAGUGUCCCAUUUGCCUGGAUUUGAUGACUACCCCUGUAUCUACAAAGUGUGACCAUCAGUUUUGCAAAUUCUGUAUGAUGAAACUUUUGGACAACACCAAACGGAACACCACAAACUGUCCUGUAUGUAAAGCCAAGAUCACUAAAAGGAGCUUGCAGGAGAAUCCAGGGUUUCAGAAGCUUGUAGGAGGAUUACAGGAUAUGAUACAGGCGUACGAACACGACACAGGCACAAACUACUUUUCCGGAAUGUCCAAGGAAAAGGAACAAGGCAGAGUCAAAGAUGCUGAAGUGACUGAGCAUAGUCAUGAUAUGUCAUCUGGAAAAACAGCUGGAACUGACAAUGAUCAUGUGGAAAAUAGUGAUGAUCUUCCAAAGACUCUUUCCUCAACUAUAGCAGCUCAAAAUGAUUUUGCAAGACUAAUGGAUCUUGAAGACCAGAGUCCUUUGACGACAGAAAACGAAGGCUUGGACAGUGGCCUUGGAGAGGCUCUACUAGUUACAGAUAAUUUGGAACCAGCUGAAAGAGAAAUGUCAGAAGUUGUAGAAAAUACAAAAUCAACAAACCAAACUAGAGGCAAAACUGGGCCCCCUGAUUUAGAAAAGGACUCUGUGUGUAGUCCAAUAAUCACAGAUGAGACUGAACAACAACCUUCAAGAAAGAAGAAUAAGAAAAAGGAUUCGCCUGAUAAGAUUCUUGAAGCAAAACAGAAGAAAAGUCUAGAAAAGGUUGCUGAAUGGCUCAUGAAAGUUCCAACUGAAGGGAGUCUUGAGUUUGAGAAGCCAGAUGAGGAAGAGGAAGACUCGGCCAGCUGUUCUUCCACAUCAACGAUAGAUGUCAGGCAACAUAAUAUUGAUGUGUGCGCCCGAAGAGAGGAUCGUGCUAAAGCACUUGAAGAGCAGGUGUUUGGGGCCGUGUACAAACGAGAGCGCAAAGGGAACAGGGCCAGUUCUCCACGAAAUCUUUUUGCAGAACCAACUAAAGACACAGAGUCAACUGAAACUGUUCCCAAAAGAGGGCAAAAAAGAACUCAAGUCCCUCCUGAUUCUGGCUCAGAAGAACUGAUAGAAAGUAAUACUGGGAAAGAGCAUCAAAUGACAGAAGAAUUUAAUGACACCAGCAGUGACUUUUUCAAGGAAACAGAACUUACAGAGGUUGUAAAUAAAAAACGUGAUUCAAACAAACUCGGGGAAAAAUUGCCAGAGGGUAACCAAAAUGACAGCAAAGACGAGGUUCCCUGUCUUGUGGCUGAAACGGGACAACAGGAAUCAGAAAUAGAGUCAAAGAAAAUAACUCGUAACACUGUGCAGCAGGUUGACAGUGAUUUACAAGAGCAAGACAAGCUAGAAAUCGCAGAGCAAAAGAAAACCAGCAAGAGGAAAAAACAUGGCAAGCCCGCUAGGGGGCCAAAACCUCUUGAUCUGGUUGAAGUUCAGAAUGGAGACACCAGUCCAAUAACAAGACCAAGACCACAGGAAGUUCAAGUUUAUAUUGAGAAUUACCCAAGCAGCGAGGACCAAGAAGUACCUUUCAGAAGGAGCACCAGGAAAAGUAGAAGACUUCAAGUUUUCACUGAGGAAGUCCAAGAAAGGAACAAGAGAGCAAACUUGAAAUCUAAUGUUCCUGAAAAACAGAGCAAUGAUGCAAAAGGCCUAGCAUUGGAUAACACUGAAUUGCCUAACAAUCCAAACAUCACAGAGGGGGCUGGAAAAAAUGGAUGUAUCUACGAUGAAGAUACAGAUGGGAUAGAAAACAUGGAGUUGAGCGAGAGGAUUUCUGAUUUGGGACCAGCAGAAGAAGUGCCAAAUGCCGAAACUGUGUUGGAAAGUAGCGCUGCUUGUUACGUCCAUGUGGUUCCAAGUUCUACAAGUCCAAAUGAAGCAUCUGUGGUUUAUCCAACUCCGGACAUGGGCAACAAAACAAGUCAUUUUCCAAACAAUGUCCCGUUGGAGUCCUCAGCUUUUGUGGCUAAAUGUACUGGAGCUGAAUUUGAGGAUGAUAAGAAUGAUAGUGAAGUGGACACCGAGCAACUUCUCAGGAGUUUCAAAGCCACAAAAAGGAAGUCGUUUCAUCUUGGUGGUCCGGAGGUGAAAAGAAGCCGCAGUUUGGAGCAAGAAACUGCUUUUGGUCGGAAAUCCGAGGAGAAGAAGAGUGUUUGUUCAGGUGUUGAAUCAGCAGAAAAUCUAAAUGCUGCAAAGACAACUGAACUCGCCAAACAAGAAGCAUCAAGAGACAAUGAAAACCUGUGUUAUAGUGAUAUGAUCCCACCAUCUAACUCACCCGGUGUGACAAGAAGGAGAGAUCAGGUGAUGGUAAAGGCAUCAGUCCCUGAAAGUGCUUGCUCAGGACAGGACAAUGAGGGGGGCAGCUUUGCCUCCAUGAAUAGUAUCAGUAGUGCACUUUCUCCCAAUAAAGUGUCAAAGCAUGAAACAGAAACUCAGAGUCUCUCUGUUGAACCACAAGUGGUGGGUUCAGGGCUCUGCUACAUGACAGUCGAACAUGAGAUAAAUGAAGCCUCAAGUAAUUCUCAAGUCACGGAGAACCGGCAUAAUUAUACCACAAGAAAUGACAGAAAAGCAAGAGAUUGCAUUUUGAGAAGCAGUUUAACUACAAGAAACAGAAAAACAGUCAAUACUGUAGAACAUUUCUUGAACACAGAGUCCUCUUUGACUCCUGAUGGCCUCAUACCACCAGUGGCUCAAACUGGCCAUGAGGCAAAGACAACAAACGAUGGUAGUGGCGAACUUAGCCUCCAUUCCUCCAUCAAGAGCGGGAAGAGGAAAAGGACCCAUAAGCUGGAGUCUUCAUCCGAGUCAGAUUGCAGUGAAGAGGAAUUGCCAACUCUAAAGGAUAUUUUAGGAACAUCAGCUCCGCCCUGUGCUGGGACCAAGGACACAAAUGAAGCUUACAGAAGCGAGGAAGUUGCAGCUGAUGGAGCAAAUCUGGUGAUUAAUCCACCAGAAAGCCCCAGAUGUGAUUUUGUUAACUCCAGCCAAGGAUCGGAGGAUUUGUUCGGCACGCCAGAGGAAUGUGAUGUCCCAGUAAAUGAUCUCAAUGUUUCUGUGGAAUCAUCACAGUUUUCGAGUGAAGUCCUUGUAACACAGCAAAAGCUAGAAAUGCAGAAGGAGCUGGUGCGGCUGGAGAAGUUGAUGGCUCUGGUGUCGGAGGUCCUGCAGGAGAAAGAAGGCAGUCCUGCUCGGGAAGGCCAUCAGAGCAGCAAAACCCAAAACCCAGAUGCGCAAAGACUCCUCGUAUGUGAGCAGCACACAGACCAAGGUUUAGACCAGAGAGCUAAUCCAGAGCACAGCACACAACCAUGCAAUGGCCAAGGGGGCAACCUACAGGAUGGAAGCACUGCAGAGAUAACAGCACAGCGCUCCUCGCACACAUUGCCGACUACAAAAGGCGCUGGAGCCUCCAAGACACUUGUUACAAGUUCAACAACCAAAACAUUAAAGAACAAGGCCCCGCCGUCAGAAGACAAGGAAAACAGCACUCCUCCAAAAGAAAGCAGUAAAGCUACAAUGGUGCUAGUGUCGUCUGGAUUAGGCCCCAAUGAACAGAUAAUGGUGAAAAAGUUUGCCAAGAGAGUCAGUGCACGUGUGGUUUCCCAGGUAACACCAGAGGUGACCCACAUCAUCAUGCACACAGAUGAACAUCUGGUUUGCGAGCGCACACUGAAGUACUUCCUCGGCAUUGCAGGGAGGAAGUGGGUGGUGAGCUCCCAAUGGAUUUCAGAGUGCUUCAAGCAAAAGAAACUCUUAGAUGAGAGCCUGUUUGAAGUGAGAGGGGAUGUCGUGAAUGGACCAAACCACCAGGGACCCCUGAGAGCUCGAACCACUGAAGACAGUAAUCUGCUCAUGAAGGGCUACAAGAUCUGCUUCCAAGGGACGUUUACAGACAUGACUGCAGAUGAAAUGAAGUGGAUGGUGGAGCUCUGUGGAGCAGCUGUAGUCAAAGAUCCACUUCACCUAGACUGUCAACAGAAGUCUCAUCAGCUGAUCAUUGUACAGCCAGGAUCAGAGUCGUCAUCAUCAUCCACAUACAGCACAGGUCUCUCCAGACGAGCUACAGUUGUGACACGUGGUUGGCUGCUGGAUACCGUGGCAACCUAUACCCUCCAGAACUUCAACAAGUACACAACAUGAGCUGAGAAGGCAAAUACUUCAAACCCACAGCCUUUCGUCUUCUUGUCAUCGUCCAAAUUUGACCGCUCCUGUUUUUUUAAAUGUCCACUACUGUAAUUCAUCUGUCACCCAUGCUCAUAACUUAAAGCUCUUUGUAUUGUGUGUCUGCAGGACGUGGUGUAAAUAAAGUUUCAUCUACAGAAAGAGCA